AACCAGUUGCAAUAGCAUUGGUGUGACCGACUGCUUGCUGCUCUUACAUCUUAUAACAUUACAUUUAUAACAUUACAUUACAUUUAUAACAUUACAUUACAUUUAUAACAUUGCAUUACAUUUAUAACAUUUACCAUGGGGCCCUGUUGGACCAGCUGAUUAAUUCGCCGCUGAUGACGAGCAGCACGUUAGCGCCAUUAAGUUAGCUAUUUGUUGACGAGCAGAAGAAGGAAUGAACCACAAGAGCAAGAAGAGGAUUAAAGAGGCCAAACGGAGCGCCAGACCCGAGUUAAAGGACUCUUUAGACUGGAUAAAGCGCAAUUAUCAUGAAACCUUCGACACGUCGCACGGCUCCGUAAAGGACAGCGUUGAGCGAGUGGACGUGUUACGUGUGAGCCCACAAGACUUCAUCCAGCGCUUUGAGAAGCCUUACCGGCCCGUGGUUCUGCUCCACUGUCAGGAGUCCUGGCCCGCACGGGAGAAGUGGACUGUGGAGCGGCUGAAGCGCAAGUAUCGCAACCAGAAGUUCAAAUGUGGCGAGGACAACGACGGCUACUCGGUGAAGAUGAAGAUGAAGUACUACGUGGAGUACCUGGAGAGCACCCGGGACGACAGCCCGCUCUACAUCUUCGACAGCAGCUACGGCGAGCACGCCAAGCGCAGGAAGCUGCUGCAGGACUACCAGGUGCCCGACUUCUUCACCGACGACCUCUUCCAGUUUGCAGGAGAGAAGCGCCGGCCCCCGUACAGGUGGUUUGUGAUGGGCCCGGCUCGCUCCGGCACCGGCAUCCAUAUUGACCCGCUGGGAACCAGCGCCUGGAACGCUCUGGUCCAGGGUCAUAAGAGGUGGUGCCUGUUCCCCACCAACACGCCCCGAGAUCUCAUCAAGGUGAGCCGAGAAGAUGGAGGCAACCAGCAGGACGAGGCCAUCACCUGGUUCAACGUGGUCUACCCACGCACGCAGCAGCCCGGCUGGCCUCCGCAGUUCACGCCGCUGGAGAUCCUGCAGAGACCUGGAGAGACCGUCUUUGUGCCUGGAGGAUGGUGGCAUGUGGUGCUCAACUUGGACACCACCAUCGCUAUCACGCAGAACUUCGCCAGCACCACUAACUUCCCCAUCGUUUGGCACAAAACUGUACGAGGUCGGCCCAAACUGUCCAGGAAGUGGUACAGGGUUCUGAAGCAGGAGCGACCUGACCUGGCAGCGCUGGCUGACCGAGUGGACCUGCAGGAGUCCACUGGCAUCGCAUCAGACACCUCCAGCGACUCGUCCUCGUCCUCGUCCAGCUCCUCGGACUCCGACUCGGACGUGGGCUCCUGCUCCGAGGGCGACGGCGUGUCCCACCGCAGGAAGAAGAGACGCACGUGCAACACGGCGGCCAACGGAGACGCGCACGGUCAGGACGACUGUGUCAGCAAGGAAAGGAGCUCGUCUCGCUGAAACAAAGACUGCUGAGGAAAUCUUCUUGAACUUGUUUAAGUAUUUGCACAAAAUGUCCAUUGGAUUUGAGGAUUGAGGAAGGUGAGAGUUAAUUUGAAUCACCAAUGACCAGUGGUGCCUUUUCACUUGUGUUGCUCAAUAAAGGCUUUUGUAGGA